AUGAAUUCAAUAUCUCGUUCUUCUUCAUCGUCAUCGGAUAUUAUAGGCAACAAUGUUGAUCUCUUUACACGGGUUCUGUUGUGUUUACCAGUAAAACCUUUGCUCGUAUUUAAAUCCGUAUCGAAACAAUGGUUUUCGGGUAUAUCUUAUCCACUUUUCAUUAAACAACAUACUCAAAAACAGAACCUACGUUCAUUAAUGAUGCAGACAGCAUCAAAAAUCCCAACAUUCGAGUUCAUAUCUCUAGAUGGAUCAUCAUCGUCAUCUGUCUCCUUCGGAACCCUAGAUUUUCUUAGAGCAAGGAUUCAGCAAUCUUGCAAUGGCCUGUUGUGUUGCAGUAGCCAUAAUAAAGAUAACGAAAUCUUCACCUAUUACAUCUGCAAUCCAGCGACGAAGAAAUAUCGCAGAAUUGUUGAUUUUACAGUUGAUAUGGCCAAAGGAAAAGGUUUCGAAAUGCUUGUGAGUGUCAGUUUGGCUUAUGAUCCGCUCAAAUCACCUAAUUACAAAGCUAUUUGUGUUUGGAAGAUGUCACCUGAACAAUGUAUUCGUUGGUCGUACCGAAUUGAGAUAUACUCAUCUGAGACUGAUUCUUGGAAGCUCUGUGGAGAUGUUUUUUUCCUACCUCCUUGUAUUAUCAAUACAAGUGGAGUAUAUUGGAAUGGUUCAUUGCAUUGGGUCGACACUUGGGAUCACGAGAAUCAUAUUUGUUUCAAUGUUGAUCAAGAAUUAAGAAGUGGAAUGCCGCCGUGUAGUUCUCUUGUAUACUCAACGGCGUAUUCGGUUGUCGAAUACUUUGGGGAGUGUAGAGGUCGGUUACAUCAUAUUUCAAGGUAUGGGCAUCCGCAGGUUGCAUGUAUUAUUUGA